GAAUGUCAUAGGAUGAACACUGCUGGUGGGGUGUGUCUGUCUGUGCUGUCCUCUCUCCUGGCUGUGGCUGGGGCCCUGGCUGCCGUGUCUGCCCUCGCUCUAGCUCCUCUCUCUGCCCUGGCUGAGGCUGCCUAUGGGGUUGCCGAUAGCGUCCCCAGCACCGGGGCAGAGGGGGCCCCCUCGCCUUUGUCCUCACCAUGCUCCAGCCUUGUAGCUGGGGUGCUCUAUGGCUCUUUCUCCCUAAGGGAGCUUUUUCCCUCCAGGGCACCGGGUUGUUCCUGGUCUCUGGAAAACCCGGAUCCCACCAAGUACUCCCUCUAUCUCCGCUUUACGCGCCACCCUGUCAUUUGUAGGACACACUCCCCCAUGCUCCUUUCCCUUGACCACCACCUAGCCAAUCAAAGCUGUCCCCUGCACUUACAGACGGCCACAGCCAGAGAUCAGGAAGUCAUCGAUCUUUGUGGCAGCCGCACCAGUUCAGACGGACCUUACUCCUUUCUGCAGUUCGAUAAGAACUUUGUCCAACUGUGUCUAACGAGACAUCCAGCUGCAGAUGAGCCUCAGGUAUCUAAGGAAUUGCUGGAGCUGAGACUGGUAGAGGUGUUACUCAUUAACAACGAAAACUCCAGUCAGUUCACCUGCGGUGUGCUCUGCCGAUGGUUCGAGGAGUGUUUGCGCACUGAUCACAAUGGAGACCAGGAGGUUUCUGAUGGGGAUGGUUGUGGGAUGACCCAGACAGGCUGUAUUUGUCCAAAUCACAACAUUAUGGCACCACCUGUUCCUCUGCUCCCAGAGACACCGCACACUUUCAGUAACGGGUCACUGGCUCCUGAUGACUGUUGCGUCACCGAACUGCAUUCCAAUGAUGCAAUCGCCAUAGCGCCCCGAGAUGUCCGACAAGACCCGUAUGAUGACGACCUGAAGGUGAAGACCCAAAGACCACGAUCAGCUGACCAGCCAGGUGUGUUUCAGGCACAAACAGGUGACCCAGCAGCGGAGGAAUGGUCGCAGUGGAGUGUGUGUUCUCUGACAUGUGGGCAGGGCUGGCAAGUGAGGACCCGAUCGUGUGUUUCUUCUCCCUUGCAUGGGCUGUGGGAGGAAUGGUCGUCAUGGAGUCUGUGCUCUGUGACCUGUGGGCGGGGCUCCAGGACACGAACCAGGAAGUGCAUGGACGGCAGCGGGGCUGUAGCUUGUGGACGGCCUGAGGUUCAGACCAAACUCUGCAACAUAGCAGUGUGUCCUGUGGAGGGCCAGUGGUCAGACUGGGGGCCUUGGUCGAAAUGCAGCGUGACUUGUGACACAGGGACCGAGCAGAGGCAGAGGCGCUGUAGCCCAUCGGUGCACGGCUGGGCUGAAUGCAAAGGCCCCCAUCAGGAGAGCAGAGAAUGCACCAACCCUUCGUGCUCCGGUGGAGGUAACUGGGGCAGCUGGAACCACUGGAGUCUCUGCAGCAAGACGUGUGACUCUGGAUGGCAGCGACGCCUCAGGAUGUGCGAGGGCACUGGAUUGCAAGGCUACCCCUGCGAUGGCUUAGGAGAGGAGGUCCGGUCGUGUAAUGAGAAAAAGUGCCCUGCGCCUCAUGAGAUAUGCAAAGACGAGCAUCUCCUCUCGAUGUCAUGGAAGAGAGCCUCAGCUGGAGAAACUGUCUACAACAAAUGUCCAACGAAUGCUACUGGAUCUGCUAGUCGUCGUUGUAUGCUGGACAAUAAUGGAGUUGCUUUCUGGGGUCCUCCGAGCUUCGCCAGAUGCAUCUCACUUGAAUAUAGAUAUUUACAUUUAUCUUUACGAGAGCAUCUCGCGAAGGGUCAGAGGACCCUGGCUGGGGAGGGCAUGUCUCAGAUCGUACGGAGUCUCCUGGAGCUCUUGCAGAGAAGGAGCUACUACAGUGGCGACCUUCUCUUUUCCACGGAGAUCCUGCGAAAUGUGACGGACACCUUCAAAAGAGCAACCUACAUCCCAGCUCCCGACGACGUGCAGAAAUUCUUCCAGAUUGUCAGCCACAUGUUGGACAUUGAAAAUUUAGAAAAAUGGGAGGACGCUCACCAGAUCGCUCCCGGUGCUGCUUUGCUGAUGAGGAUAUUGGAAGAUUUCAUUCACCUCAUUGGAGAGGCCCAGAAGCCUUUUCAGAGUUUUCUAGUGGUUACCAACAACCUCAUGGUAACCAUUCAGAGAGAACCAGUGUCAGCAGUUUCCAGCGAUAUCAACUUCCCCAUGAAGGGCCGGAGGGGCAUGAAGGACUGGGCCCGAACAGCGGAAGAUAAGCUCUACAUCCCGAAAGAGGUUUUCACCAUCCCACCUGAAGAGCAAGAAGCCGAAACAGAAUCUACAAUGUACUAUGUCAUUGGAGCCAUCUUGUACAGGACACUUGGCAUCAUUUUACCUCCAGCGACUCCGCCUGCAGUGAUCAACUCUAAAAUCCUGACCGUGACAAUACGACCGGAACCACAACCCAGUGAGCCCAUGGUGGUGGUGGAGCUGUCACCGCUAUUAAAUGGUACAUCAGAUCCUCAGUGCGUUGUCUGGGACUAUGGAAACCCGGAAGCUGGCGCAGAAAACUGGGGCACAGAAGGCUGCCAAACGCUCGCGUCAACCGCUGUCCAUACCAAAUGCCUGUGCAGCAGAAUAUCCACCUACGCCGUGUUAGCGCAGCAAGCUAAAGACCCGGACAUGGGUCCUGCCAGCAUGCCCUCUGUGCCCCUUAUGGUGGGGUGCGGCAUCUCAUGCACCGCUCUGCUCAUCCUGCUGCUAAUAUAUGCUGCCUUCUGGAGGUAUAUCCGGUCGGAGAGAUCGAUCAUCUUGGUGAAUUUUUGCCUCUCCAUCCUGGCCUCCAAUUUAUUAAUUCUGGUCGGACAAUCACAAACGCUUAGCAAGGGCCUCUGUACUGUGACUGCUGCCUUCCUGCAUUUCUUCUUCUUGGCAUCCUUCUGCUGGGUGCUGACUGAGGCGUGGCAGUCCUACCUGGCAGUCAUUGGCAAAAUGAGGUCACGACUCAUUCGCAAGCGGUUUCUGUGCCUCGGCUGGGGUCUUCCAGCCCUUGUUGUAGCAGUGUCAGUGGGUUUCACCAGAGCGAGAGGUUACGGCACAGCCAGCUAUUGCUGGCUAUCGUUGGAAGGCGGUUUGCUUUAUGCCUUUGUUGGGCCAGCUGCUGUCAUUGUAUUGGUGAAUAUGCUUAUUGGAAUCGUGGUGUUUAACAAGCUCAUGUCUCGAGACGGCAUCUCAGACAAGUCUAAAAAGCAGCGUGCUGGUGUCCCAGCGGAGGCGCGUAGCCGACUGCUCCUGAAAUGCUCCAAGUGUGGCGUGAUCUCAAGCACCGCUAUGUCCAACUCGACUGCCAGCAGCGCCAUGGCAUCGCUGUGGAGCUCGUGUGUGGUUCUCCCACUGCUAGCAUUAACCUGGAUGUCAGCGGUCCUGGCCAUAACUGACCGGCGCUCCACACUCUUCCAGGUUCUCUUUGCCGUCUUUGACUCUGUUCAAGGCUUUGUUAUCAUCACCGUCCACUGCGCCAUGCGCCGAGAGGUGCAGGACGCAGUGCGCUGUCGAAUGGGGGGAUGUAAAGACGACAGCGAAAACUCACCAGACUCCUGCAAGAAUGGACAGGUGCAGAUCAUGCAGAGCGGGUCCUUGCGUUACGGCACAUCCCCGUGCUUAUCAGGUUGCCACGCGCAGCCGCUCCCACCAGCGUGCCACCAGACAUCCCAGCAAGGCUGUUACCACAGUCUGAUCCACGGCAACCACAGCCACGCAUUGAGCCAUGUUAAUGAGCAUACCCCCAUCCUCAACAACACCCACAACCAUAACCACGCCCAUAAUCACAUCAGCAGCCAACCAACGGAUUUUGAGAAGGACGUUGACUUGGCUUGUCAAACAGAGAGAGGACACCCAUUCAUUUUCAAAGAGGUGAACACCUGUAACCCAGCCACUAUCACUGGGACCCUUUCCCGCAUCUCCCUGGAUGAUGAGGACGAUCCUAAGCUGGCAGCCCAUCAGGAGGGCGGAGUAGGGGUCAACUUCAGCACUCUCCCAGGGAACAUCCCCCCUCCUAACCUUAUUGUACAGGUUCCACCUCUGGGAGGCCUCAAUGAGCUGAGUGAGACCCCCCUAAAGAAGGAAGUGAAUGUGGACCAGCAGAGACAACAGGGACAGCAACGCGGCGGCGCUCCGAUCUACCUGUGCACCGAGAGUGGCCUGGGCUGGGCUCGACCUCCGGCUUCAUCCAACACCUCCCAGGACGGAAGUGCUGGAAGCGGAGGGGGUGGGGGAGACGGAGGAGAGGGGGGUGGUGGAGGAGAGGGGGACUACAUGGUCUUACCUCGCAGGACAGUCACUUUCAAACCUGCAACACCCUCCUCCCAAGGAGGAGGCCUGGGACUGGGGGGUGAGGACAAGCCUCUCAACAUUGCAGUGGAGGAUCCUCCCUUCCCGCCGCCUCCCUCUCCUCUGACCCUUCACCCGGCAGAGAGUGAGGCCUAUCCGGCGGAUUUUGUGCCAUCCAGUGUGGGUGACAUGAACAUCACCAUGAACCUCAACCGCUCCUUUGGGACGAUCAAAACAUUGCCCCAUGGGCAGGGCCACUUGAUGCCUCAGGGUGGUCUUGUGCACUCCCAUGGAGGACAUAUGCAUUCCCAUGGGAAUUCUUUGCAGCUAAAGCCGGGCCAGAGACCUUCAGUCAGACAGAUUCUGACAGGGGGAACAACAGUGGAGAGAACCAGGACCCUGCCACGCAACCUGGGCAGCACCAAUGCCAACACCAGCCUCUCAGCAGGAUCCCUGGAGAGGAAAAGAGUACGGUACUCUGAACUGGACUUCGAGAAAGUGAUGCACACUCGCAAAAGACAUUCUGAGCUGUACCAUGAGCUCAACCACUCGUCCAAGUUCCACACCAUAGACAGGUAUAGCAGGGACCCAGCCAUGUCCACAUUCAAGAGGGAAAAGCGAUGGAGCAUUUCGUCUGCCGGCGGUGAAAAGAACUCAUCGAGUGACAAGUCAACCCCAGAGGACCAAAGCUCCUGGGACAGCUUCAAGACCAUGACCCCCGAGCUGUCCAUCGUGCCCGGGGAGCAGAAGGACCGGAUGGAACUGCACAAUAAAAACUGGGACUCGUCCUCGGCUAACACCCCCGACUCAUCCGAGGGAGACUUCCAGACUGAAGUGUGAAGACACGCAGACGUACACACCCACUGAAACAGACACGCUCUCUCGUGCCGAGGUGCAGAUGCACACAGAGACACCGGACUACUGAAAAGCUAUACAUAGGUACACGAGUUCUCUGCAAGGAUCACACACACACUCACACACACUCUCUACUACUCCCCACCUCCCCAUCUCCUGCGAUGUGCUCUGUCGGAUCCCAUAGUGUAUGUUUACUGCUGCAGCGGACAGACAUGGAAAGAAGACUGUUCUACUCUAUAUUUUCGCAAAGACUAUUGAAAAGAAAGAACAGGGGCUUGACAUGUCUGUGACUGAUUAAAAAAGAGAAGAUUUUUAAAUGAACUUUAAAAGAAAAAAGAAAAAAAAACUAUGAGAAACUUAUUUCAGAGAAAUUGUCUUGAUUUUAUUCUGGAGAAGAUAAAAAAAGAUAACCUCUUUCAAUUGUUUCAUGUCUUUGAGGUGGGGGUGGGGGUGGGAGAUAUUUGUUUUAUAGCAAGGGGAAAAGAUCUCACCGAGGUUUCUCACACUUGGGUAGCCUCCCCUCCUCCUCCUCCUCCCUUCCAAGGCACCCUGUUCUCAAUUUGCUUUUCCCCUUGAGAAUCAAAUUGGUCAGUCUUUAUCUAUUCCUUUUUUCUUUUCUUUUUUUCCUAUGUGAACGGACAGGGAAUGUGGGGGCGGAGAGUGGGGACAGAGCCUCUCGAUGAUAUGUGCCAUCCUCUCUUCUGUUUUUCAGGUUUCAUUUCAACACCUUUAUUCACCCGUUCCUGUCGCACUCUUUGUGUUAACAUCACAUUACUUCAUUCAGUAUAUUUUUUCUAUGGUUUGGUUCUCCCCCCCAAAAAAACAAAUGUCCUCCCCUACAGGAAAAAAAUAACACAACUGAAACAAAAAACUACCAACCGAGUUGUGUUCUAUGGUCCCAUUGAUGAAAAAAAGAAUAGAUUCAUUUGGAGAAUUUGGUUGGGUUUGUGAUGCUUUUUCAUUCUUAUUAUAUAUCUUUUUUUUUUUUUUUUAAUUUCCUGUAAACAGUUACACAGCACAUAAAUGUGAGCUUGCUUUCUGACAUAAUGUGCACCACGUGAGAUCCCCCGCCCACUGCCCCCCAAGAGAGGGAACAAAAAAGGAUGCGAAUCAUGCAGAUUCGUGCAUCUCCUUCUUUUCCCCUCUGCUGCUUAAAGAGAAGAGUAGUAUAAGACUUAAAUAUCAGACUCCAGUUCAACCAUCACCAGUCGUACUAAAGCCAGAAAAGAAGAGUAUCUCAGGCACUUCUGCCUACAAGGAAUGCUUUUGAGAUCCUGAGAAAUGUGCUGCUUUAGAGUGAAGAAUUGAUCAGUUUCCCCCAGUCAAAAAACCUCUGUUAGCUUCAAAUGAUCUGAGGAGGAUUUUGAAUCCAGUAAUGAGACAUCACACGAUCCGAGGACUUCAUCACGAGCUCUACAAACAUGCCUUUCUUUGCUUACAGCGCCGCUCCUCUGUUGCUCACUCUGCCCACUCAGUGUCGUGCUCCUAGAAGGCAUGAAGUCUAGCAGCAGAGCAGAGAUAUGUAAUUCCCCGCUCGCAGAAAGACGGGGAGGGAAUCACAGGUUAUAAGGCUACAAGGUGUCAGACUGAAGAGGAGCCGAUGGUGAUGCUUUCUGCUUGACAUUCUACCUCCGUACUUCAGCGGUUACAAGAGGACGACCAGUUUUCUGCUGCUGCUACAUUAGCACAUCAGUCCUCCACACACCAGCAGAGAGAAAGUGUCAGAGAGUGCAGGAUGAAUUCAAAUGAUAGCUCCAUAACUUUUCUGUCUAUGUUCAAAGCAGCUGCCAUUAAUCUAACAGUGUGGAUAGAAAAAGAAAAAAAA